AUGAACGUCAGCAGGGCUUCGGUGGAGCACGACGCCGCCGUCGAGGAGAAGAGAGACGGGGUCGUCGGCGUGGCCGCGCUGAAUGAUGGCGGCAGCGGCGGUGAUGGGGCUUCUGUGAGGACCGCCGGCGGGCGAAGCACGCACGUUCCGCUCCGCAUGAAGAUCAUCUCGGUCCUGCUGGUCACGGCGAUUGGCUUCGGCUCGCAUUGGAGCAGCGGCGUGACGGGCGCCAUGAAGAGCACGCUGAAGAAGAAACUCGAAAUCAACAAUGCGCAGUACGCGGUGCUGGAGGCUAGCGAGGACUUCAUGGUCACUGCGCUGAUUCUGGUGAGCGGUUUGGUGACGGAUCGGAUCGGUGGUGCUGGCGCCAUGCUCUGGGGCAAUGUCAUUUUCAGCGUCGGCGCCAUCCUCAUUGCCGCAGCCACGACGGUCCGCAACUACAAGUUCAUGAUUUUUGGUGUCGUGGUGCAGUCCUUUGGCGACAUCGCCACCCAGGUCGCCCAGUACAAGGUCUUCAGCUCCUGGUUCGCGCCGUCCAACGGCUUCGCCUCGACGCUGGGCUUCGAGCUGGGCAUCGGCAAGAUUGGCUCCUUCGUCGGCAAGGCCACGGCCAACAUCAUCGCCAAGAAGACGGGGGAUUUCAGCUGGGUGUACUGGACGGCCGUCUUCAUGAACCUCUUCACCAACGUGGCAACCCUCGUCUUCUGGUUCUUCACGCGCUGGUGCGAGCGGCGCUUCUCUGGCACCGCCGACCCGGCCACGGGCGAGCCGCUCACCGAGAAGAACAAAAAGUUCGAAGUGGGCAAGAUGCUGCGCCUGCCGUGGCCGUUCUGGGGCAUCAUCUUCUUCUCGCUGUUCCAGACCAGCACCGCCGUCGUCUACAGCUCCAACGCCACCGAGCUGGCCGAGCAGCGCUUCAACAUCGACGCCGUCACCGCCGGCUGGUACAGCGCCAUGUCGCAGUACCUGGGCUUCUUCCUCGUCCCGCUCAUCGGCAUCUUCGUCGACCUGCUCGGCCACCGCCUGUCGCUGAUGCUCGUCUGCGGCCUCGGCAUGCUGCUGGCCAUGUGCCUGGCCGCGUGGGGCCCGUCCGUCGCCGGCACCGCCGCCUCGUUCGGCAUCUACGCCGUCGCCUUCACCUUUGGCCCCACCGUCAUCAUCGACGGCAUCCGCACGUCCAUGUGGUACCAGGAGGUGUUUGGCGCCGGCUACGCCGUCAAGAUCGCCGUCAACAACAGCAUGAACAUCAUCGUCCGCAUCGUCGCCGGCGUCAUCCAGGACCGCGACGACGACAGCUACGACAACGUCGUCAUCAUCUACGUCGUCUUGGCCGCCGGCUCCGUCGUCGUCUCGGCCGCACUGUUCGCGUACAGCUUCUUCAACGUCGAUCUCGCCAAGUUGCAGUGGACCAAGAAGCAGCGCUUGGCCAAGGGCGAUGUCAUCAACGAGCGCCGCGACCAGUUUGAGAGCGGAGACGAGGGCGCGAGGAAUCGGAAGAUCAGUAUGGGAUUCUUCGUCUUUUUGAUGUUCUUGAUAGUGGGGGCCUGGGUGGCAUAUUUCUGGGGUGUCGCCACUGGUAAUAAUUAUUAG